AUGGAGGAUGCAACCAUGGCCGACCCACAAGCAAUUACGGGGGAGGAACCUAACAUACGACACCAAGAAGAUGACGAGCAGAUGCAGAGCGAAGAUACUUCAAAAGAAAAAGAUGACAAGAAAGCAGAAAGAUUAAAGACGGAUGAUACGGCACAAUACUACCCAAGAGAACAUGACGUCUCCGAGCUAUCCGUCCAGGAACGGAAUGAUCUGUCUGCCAUGCAAUUACGCUUCUGCUUUUCCGAUGCGAAUUUUCGUCCCGUUUGGACGGAUCUUUCCAAGGCUGGUUGGGUCUAUGAUUCGGGCCGACGGCGCUAUCGGCCACCGGAUGUUUCGCGUGAAAAUGCCAACAAAGAUGAAAGUUUGCUAUUAACGGCCAGGGAAGUGGCGGAGCAUUUGGAUUAUGGUGCUCUGCAAGAUGUCACUGCGAGCACCAGUGAUGUGCAGCAAUCAUCAAAACAACAAAAUACGGCAAUGAUUCCUCGAUUGGCACUGGGACAAGAAGAACGGUGGAGACGUCUCAGGGAUGAUGCUUGCUAUCAUUUGUUUCUAUCCAAUCUCCAAAUGCUCAAGGAGAAAAAGGACGAGGAGAAAGACGAGGAAGAAAACACAGAAAAUGGGGACAAACAAACUGCCACUACGAGUAAGUCCAAAAAGAAAAACACCAAGAACAACCCAAAGCUAGCCAGCAAUCAAAGCAAACCACGUUCUAGUGGAAGGCGUACUAGAUCUGUCACGGAAGCAGAUCGCGGUGCCGGACAAUAUUUGAACAAGGCCAAUAUUCAAGCCAAACAAGCACGGAUCAAAGCAAAGCAAGCCAACGCGACAACAACAACAACAAUCAAUGAUGAAAAUCAGCCUCCAAAAUUUGAACGGCUUUCCCUCCAAGAAUGCAUUAGAAAGAUGGAAGAAUACAACAACAAUGAGAAGGAGGAUGACAUUGUUACACAGGCAGAAGAAUCCUGCAGGGAACAAUUCGCAGAAUGGCAAUUCCUACUGGCCACCAACCACUCCUUGGUCGUCUAUGGGUUUGGUUCCAAACGAGCGCUAUUAACGGAGUUUGCCGAAUCACAUUUACGAAAGGAGGGAUACGUCCUGGCAUUGGAUGGCUUUGAUCCAGAAAUCACCACACAAGGUAUUUUGAGCCUUUUGGUAAAUGUCUUUUUGGAUGGGCUCGAACCAUCCGCUGCUCAGAAGAGUCUUCCAGGAAUGCAAAACGAGGAAUCCAUGGAAGUGACCAAGACCCUCAGAGACCCCGUCACUGGCACUGUCAGGCACGUUACGCGACGAAAGAUUCGAGAUCCACUGGACCGGGCACAUGCCAUUGCUCUCGCCAUUGCGGCCAAGGGCUCUCUUCUUAUUUACUUGCUAGUACACAACUUGGAAGGGCUCAAGACGCGUCUGGCACAACAGGUUUUGUCCACAUUGGUUUGCCCUUCGAUUCGUCUCGUGGCCAGCUUUGAUCAUGUCGAUACUCCCGCGCUCUUGUGGAAUACGCAAACGUCGGCACAGUAUCGGUUCAUUUGGAAACAAGUACACACCUAUCGUCCAUACAGCCGGGAACUCUUGCUGCUGGCACCGGACGAAAUCCAAAGCUCUAGCAGCACCAGUGGAGGAAACAACAACAAGCGACGCACUGCCGGGGCUGGCGGCCGAACCCGCCGCAACCUCUUGAUCACGGACGGGCAAGCAGCCGAUCGGGUCAUGGAGGUACUGCGGAACUUGGCCACGCGGUACACGGAAGUCAUGCACAACCUGGCCAAUCUACAACUGGAUGCGCAGGGUGGGACCAAGAUCGUCUGGGUGGAUGCCGCUCAGCUCUUGCAAAAGUGUUUGAACACUUGUACGGUCAAGUCCGAUGCGCAACUACGCACCUUUUUGGAUGAGCUGGACGAUCAUGAACUAGUGGUGGUGCAAAAGCAAGGCUCCACCUCCGUCAUGGUCCGAAUUCCUUAUGCGGAUGAGAAGUUGUAUGAGAUUCUAGCCUAUAAGCCAAAUCAGAGCUAG